AUUUUAUAGGUUUUUUAUAGUUAUGGCUACUUCCUAGUAUUAAUUUGAACUUCUUAAUAUUAGUCAGGUGAACACACACGGAUGGAUGUUUAGUAUCUCGUGACUGUCGAUUCACUUGACCCGGAAUUUUUACUCUUGGACGCAUAAUCGAAUUAUCAGCCAUAAUAUCAGUCAUCGCGUCGUCUCGGAAAAUCACGAGAUAGCGGAAAUAUUUCCAUAUUGCACGUCGGUUCGACAACGUGGUAAUUUGUAUUCGCAUUGAAAGCUUCUCAAACCUCCCGGGAGAAUGGUGAGACUGCAUGUGAAGAAGGGUGACGAGAGCCAAUUUUUGUAUGACACCCACGUGGAGGCGAAUGUAGGCGAUGUCACACGUGAUAUCGUGGUGAUUUACAACGGUCGUCUGAAGAUUUCAAGGAUCUGUUACGAGAUCGAGGAACUGGCCAAGCACGGACCGAUGCUACCCCCUGACAUUAUGGGUCUCACGGACGAACAGGUCCAAGAGCUCAAACUCAAGGACGAAUGGGCUGACAAGUGUGUGCCUAUGGGCGGCUGGACUUUUAACAAAGACCAGAUCGGUCGUAGAAACGGCAGACAGCCCAAUGAGAAAAUGCAGGAAAUGCUGAAGAAAACCAUUGAGGACGCACGUGCCAUGACAUCAAAAAAAUUAGUGCAGCAAGAGAAACUGGUCACACAGAAGAUAAUCCAAGAGGCUCUAGACAUAUUAAGAGGUGCUGUGACGAUCGUUUAUCCGAUGGGACUUCCGCCACAUGAUGUGAUACGUCAGGAAUUUGAGAAUGCCGAAGAUCUCUCUGGCACUCAGGCGUCUCUCGAGGUAAUCGAUGAGCAAUUGGCUCAGCUGUGGUUUUCCGGCAAGGAGUUAAUACCGGGGAAGAAGAUGAAGGAUUUCCUGGGUAAUAACGAGAAGACCAAGGUAAUCGUGAAGCUGCAGAAGAGAGGAUCCGGUAGACCGGCGAGGGAGCCCUUAAUGUCGGAAGACGAGCGGAAACAAUUGAUGUUGCACGCGUAUCGCCGUCAGGAACAGCUCAAGAUUACCGCCAUCAAGCGGUGUCGCUGGAAGAUCCGUUAUGUUCUACGAAUUUCAAUUUACAGCAGUAGAUACGGCAGUAUACGAGUACGACUCAACGGUAGAUCAGAAGGAUUUCAUUUUCGCAUAAUACAACACUCGAUGAUCAGGUGA